UGAACCAGAUUUAAUGGCGCAGCUGUGCGGCGGUUCCGGUUUCCCAGUCGGCAUCUUUGUCUCACCUGACGGCAGAGAGAACCCGAGCGGACCGGAGCGCUACCAUGGCUUCCGCACUGAUGGCUUGGGUUUGGAUCGGAUUAACACUAGCCCAGCUCAACAACGCAGAGAGCCACCUGGACGCACACGGACAUUUGGCCGGCCAGGACGAGCUUUUUGACGGCGAAGAGCAGCUGUUUGAUACGGCUGCUGAAGACAGGACCGACCGAAGUUUCCCAGCACCGGUGUGGAAGUUCCUCCAAGGGAGUGGAAUAAGUCCAGAGACAUCAGAUUUCAACAGGCCACAGUAUCGCUGCAGUAAUGGAACACUUUUCCUGCGCUUUUCACUCAUCCGAUACUCAAAUCUGCGUCUUGAAGAUGGGGUGCAGUUGUUGUCACUGCCUGACAGGUGUCACAGUUCCAUUCAUAUUCAUAGGUGGUGGUUGUUGGUGAAGCUUCAUACUGGCUGCUACACAGCAAUACAGACUGGAGAUGGAAUUGGUUUCCGCCCGUUGAAACUGCAUUUCUUCGACCGUCUGCUGCAGGAGAACAUGACUGGCAUGGCUGUCUGCGAGAAUCCACUAAUAUCACCAAAGGCAGCAUCACAAUUGGUGACUUGUAGAAGAACACACAUCACUGUGAAGCUGCCUCGUGAAACAAAACUGAAGAAAGUGAGAGAGCUUGAUUUUCAAACUAAUCAAGGAUACACUGUGAGACAGCGAAGGACCCCCAGUACAUUAUUUGUGGAAAUAUCAGUGUUACCAGACAGGGAUUCUGGCUUUGAACUGGUUUACGUUGACUCUGCUGGGAGACUGUGCGUGGUGUUCGCAGCUUGUUCCCCCAUGUUUCCUAAAAAGAUUAGAAGGCAUGUUAGGAGAUCUUUGGAGGAACCAGAUUUAUUUGAUCUGUGGGGCUUUGAUGAUGUUCCGCUAGAAACAUUCGAUACGCAAACACAGACAAUGGGCACCUCAGCAACGGACACAGGCACAAUACAGGAAACUGUUAAUGAUGUUGAUUUUAAUAACUUGUGGGGAUUUGAGGAUAUUCCUCUUGACCCAUUCAAUCCACAAACGACACAGACGACAGCCAGCUCAGUAACUGCUACAGAGACAGAUGAAGAAAUUUACGAGUUGUGGGGAUUUGAAGAAGUUCCUGAAGGGCCAUACACUGGAAUAGACGUAGUGAUUCCAGGGUCUUCUGCCACCACUGCGUCUUCUGCCACAACAGCUGCCACCACUGCGUCUUCUGCCACAACAGCUGCCACCACUGCGUGUUCUGCCACCACUGCGUCUUCUGCCACUACUGCGUCUUCUGCCACCACCACGGCCACCACAACUACAGCCCCAGCGACUGCUAGUACCACCGCUGCAACACGCAAAGAUCUGCAUAGGUCAUCGCCCAUGUCCAGAGGCCUGAGUGGGGGUUAUGGCAGGGUCAGCUCUGGGGUGGCAGGGACCAAACCAGCAAGAGAACCACUUUCGGCUUCUCUGUUGUCAAACUGGCCUCCAAGAAAAUCCAUGGAAGUGGGGUCACAGGAGGAGGAUGGAUGGGGAGCAGAUGGGUUGGGUGGGGUGGGGUGGGGGCUGUGGUUCCCUUAUACCUCCUUGGUCAACAAUAAGCUGAAGCCGCACUACAUCAGUACAUGUGGCAGAGACAAUCUGAGAAAGUGGCUGGAACCAGCCGUCACCUAA